AUGUCUCGCGCUGCUCAUCCACAUCUCCAGCCAAGCGCUAGUUCAGCUGCCACGGACGCCUCGCUUUCGCCGUCCCAGGCCUCAACCCUCCUCGCCUCCUUCACCAACUUCCUCACCGUUGCGCUGCACUCCAUCCUCUACCACCGCCAGCUCUACCCGCCGGCUACCUUUCUCACAGCCCGCGCCUACAACCUGCCCGUCAACCAGUCUCGACACCCCGGCGUCUGCGCCUGGCUCCGGGACGCCGUCGCCGCCGUCGCCGCACAGGUCCGCGCCGGCUCUGCGCGCCACGUCGCCCUCGUCAUCCACGCACCCGCCAGCUUCGACGUCGUCGAGCGCUGGAUAUUCGACCUGCACUCGUUCCCUGCCACCUGGGGAGACGAGGACGCUACCCAUUUCGACAAUGCCAGCCGCCAUCCCCCAGCGCCUGAUGCACCCGUCAACUGGACCGAUGUGAACGAGGCGCUGCGAGGGGCCUUGAGCAGGAUCUCUCAAGUCGCCCAGAGCAGACCACAUCUCCCCGAGGCCUGUACGUUUACCAUAGGAAUUGAACUGCGUGACGAGGCUCUGCCACCAAUUCAGGCAAGUCACCCCCCCUUUCUCUUUCGUAUCGAUUCCACCGGGCUGUUGUUUGAUUCUUCAGACUUUGCCGCUUUCUGCCACACGAUGCGCCUCUAG